GGUCCCUGGCCUGCCUCCGUGCAUUUGCACAUGCCAUUCCCCCGCCUGGACCACUCCCCAAACUCCUGCUCCCUCUCUGGUGUCCGGCAGCCACCAGCCUCAGCUGCCCACCACAUCCCUCGGAGCAGUUGCUCACUCGCCCGGCGCCUGCAGCCCUGGGGGGGUGGGGGGGCUCCUAGACUGCCUUGUCCUGCCCUGCCGCCGUGUUUACUUGUUUAUGUCCCGCCGCGCUUCCCCGUGGGUCCCUCUGGGUCCCUCAGCUGGGUGCUGGCACUGUCCAGCACAGAGCCUGCAGAUGUUUCCCAAAUGAAUCGCAGUCACUCAGCUAAACUGUGUGCGCACGGACAGGCGGGGGAUCGGCCCAGCCCUGCCCUCAAGAACUCCGGGCUGUCCUGGAGGAUCCCCCCCAGACUCACCACACCCCCACUCAGACACACCAGCCUGGCCUCCCUGAUGGGGCAGGGGUGCUGGGAGGGGGGCAGAGUCCUAAAGUGGCAGAGGACAGGGAGGAGGAAGUUGCUUGAAAGCCUGGUGAGGGGAGAGAGAAGUAGCCCAGGGGAGGGAAGGGGCACAGCUGGGCUACAGGGGGCAGUGUCUGGUCACUGGGCACAGCUCUGUGGUUGCCUCCCCCAUCUCCCGGGGGAACGAACCUCUGUUCGACCCAUCACGCCAGCAGCAGCCACAGGGAGACAGGACCCUGGAGAGCAGAGGGGCCCCCCCCACACGCUGUGUCUAAGGCACCUCCUGCCCAGCCAUCCCCACCCCCAACCCCGCUCUCACCUCUCGAAGAACGUCCACAAGGCACCUCCACCUACCCAGCACAAACCACUGCCUGCAAAGCCUGGCUCUGCCUCCCUAAGACCCGGGGCAAGGGACUCCCCAGUCCAGGCCUCCGUUUCCUCACCUGUAAAGGGGGCAUCACCCCCGCCCCACUGGAGCGUGGCAACGAGGAAAGAGAUUACUGAAGAUAAAAAAGCAUGUUGGGACUUCCCUGGAGGUCCAGUGGUUAGGACUCUGCCCGUUCGCUGCUGAGGCUGGGUUUAAUCCCUGGUUGGGGAACUAAGAUCCCGCAAUCCGCGUGUUGGAGUCAAAAAAAGAGAAGCAUGUACGCUGAGCACGGCUCCUGGUGAGCCUGGAACGCGCGUGUCGUCGUCAUUUUAUGUGAAGCAUCUGGAGCAGCUGGCAAAUGGGCCAGCUGGCGCCACUGUUGCUGAGCUCUGGGCUCAGGGGACUCCUCCUGACAACCACGAGAGGCAGGCACAGACGCCGGCCUGCUCAGCCACAAGGAAGCCGAGGCUCAGAGAGGUGAAGUCACCCGCCCGAGCUCACACGGCUGGGCCCUGGAGGAGCUGGCACCUGAACCUGGGGCUGCAUCUUCGCUGGGCCUGGACUCCAAAUCCGUAUCCUAGCUUCCCUCCCUCCCACAGCAUAAGUGCCCAGACCGGCAGACCCUCCGGCGGGUCCCGCCCUGGGCAGCAGCGUGGCCUGCCAUCUCCAUCCCUUACUGGGGUACCGCGGUGGGGUGGGGGGGCGGCGGCAGCCCCCAGUCCUUGAGAGCUGAGCGCACGGGACAGGGACUGGGCAGGCUUGCUGGGAAGGGGCGGGGACAAGGUGGGCAAACCGGUCGGGCCACUGGGCUCCUGGCUCCCAGCUCCCGGGCCUCUCACCAGUCUGGCCUGCGCUGAUGCUGCCAGACGGUGGGGCUGGCACAGCGGCUCGGCUGGCGGCAGCGGCGGGGCAGGGAGCUGGGGCCGCGAGGCUGCCAUCAGGUAUGGGGGACCCCAGGCCGGGGGGAUGAGGUGGGCAGGGGCCACGCGCCAGGCCCCCAACCCUCACCAACUCCAGCUCUCACCCGUUUCCUCUGCCCCUCGGGUUCUCCCGUGCCUGCCUCUGAACAGCCUCCUUCCCUCGCUUCCGCUCCUCACAUUUUAAACCCAGUGCCCCCCGCCUCAUCCCCAGUUUGUUCAGCCUCUCCCCAGACUGGACCACGCCGACUUCAUCUGCUCCCCUAGAGGCCCCUCCCUGCAACCCCUCAUUAGGUCCCAAAUGUCUCAGCCCUGACAUUUCAGCCGCUCGCCUGCCCGGUGGCUCACUGCUCCCCGCCUCUCACCGCACUGGUUUCAAGUCCCUUCAGAGGGUGCCGGCCUCCACCGCCCACAGCGCACCCGCCCAGUACCCAGCUCCCCCCUGAUCUUACUCAGCCAGCCCCUGGCUCCCAGCCCACAUCGGCUCAGCACCCGCACUGUCCCAGCCUCUUGGAAACUCCCAGCAGCUCCCGAACACCCAGGCCUUGGAAAUCUCACCCACCCCAAAUUACCCAACACCCCCAAGCGUUCUCAUCCUCGCGCGCCUGGCUGUCCCGUCCCCCCAUCCUGACCUCUCCCUGUUACUCUGAAGAGCACCCCCAUGCCACCUGGGUAGCCCAGGACCCCAACAUCCGGGAUGAGGUCUCAUCUAUCGCAGGUCUCGGGGCCGUCCGGUGGGUGGGUUCUCGCUGCUGGCGCCCGAGGGGGCUGGGUACUGAGCCCGCCUCUCGUCCCCACCCCCAGCAGGCCCCCCGCCGCCAUGAACCAGCACUACACCAUCCACUUCACCAAGGGUGCCCUGCCCCCCCGGACGCCCACCAAGCGCUACUGCUCGGACAGGGAAUUGGGGCACCAAAAAGAUAUCCUGACAGAGGAUGACGUCUACUGCAGCUGCCUGGCCAAGACUCUCUGCCACGUGCCUGUCCCUGUGACCGUGGGUUUCUACGCCCCCUUUGGCUGCCGCCUGCACAUGAUGCUGGACAAGAUCAUGGCACUUGGAGACGGGCCCUGGCUCCCCGUCUAACAUCCAGGCCCUGGCCUGGCCUAAGCCGGGUCUAGACGCUCACACCUUCCCCUGCGCCCUCGGUCCCGGCAGCGCUGAUGCAGCAGGAGGCGACCCAGAGGGAGGCCGAGGAGCUGCGGCACGUGCAGUGGCAGCUGAGGCCCGUACGGGGCUGGGGCUUCUCGAAGCUGCUGUGGUACCUGGUGUUCCUGCAGCCCAUCAUCACCGAGUUGCAUCUGCGGCGCAAGAACGUCAAAUUCCUCUUCAUCCGUUUCAGCGCCUGGCAGUACGCAGGCAGUGACAAGCUGUGGGCCGGCCUGGUGGCCACGCUGUGCGAGGGCAUCCGCCAGCAAUACGGCGCACUGCCCUUCAGCUUGUACUCGGUGCUGGGCAAGAAGGCGGCCACGAGGCUGGACUACCGCCAUCGCGAGUGGCACUGCCGGAGCCGAGUGUGCCUGGCAAUGCUGGGGCUGCUGGCGGCGUUCAGCCUGGGCAUGAGCCUGCUCUACCUGUCGAUGAGCUCCCACGUACUGGGCCACGGCAACAUGUUCCGGGCAUUCGGCGGCGCGGCCACCAUGCUUUCGAGCUCCGGGCUGCUCAUGGCCUUGUUCUCACUGGGCAAGCACUUGUUCGUGAGCCAGCGCAAGAGAAUUGAGCGGCUGGUGUCGCAGGAGAGGUUCAGCAGCCAUCUGGGAUUCAUGUGCGAGGUGAAGAAGGAGGUGGGGCUGCUCACCGACUUCCUGUGCUUCCUGGAGAUCUACCAGCGGCGCCGGCUGCGCGUCGUGCUCGAGAUCACAGGGCUGGACACGUGCUACCCGGAGCGCGUGGUGGGCGUGCUCAAUGCCAUCAACACGCUGCUGUCCGACAGCCACGCGCCCUUCAUCUUCAUCCUGGUGGUGGACCCCAGCAUCCUGGCCGCGUGCCUCGAGAGCGCCGGCUCCAUGAAGGGCACGGCCGACAACGGUUACCUCUUCCUCAACCGCACCGUCACGCUACCCUUCUCCGUGCCCAUCAUGGGCCGCCGCACCAAACUGCAGUUCCUGCACGAUGCGGUGCGAAGCCGCGACGACCUGCUCUAUCGCGAGAUGACGCUCAACGUGAGGUCGCGGGGCGGGACCGGGGGCGGGGCGGGGACCGGGGGCGAGGCGGGGGCGGGGGGCGGAGACGUCGCGCCGCUCCUGGAGAUGGAGGGGCCGGCCCGGGCCGAGAGCGCGCAAAGCCUCCUGGAAGUAAAGGCGGCGCGCAGCAUCCAGGAGGCGCUCUGUUGCCUGCACGACGAGUACGACUGCCUCAUCGAUUACGUGCCCGACAACGUGGUGUCCAUGCGGCGCAUCGUCAACACCGUGCCCAUCACCGUGCGCCUGCUGCAACGGCAGCAGGGGGACUUUGAGGGCCUCUCGCCGCGCCAGGCCGUGGCUUGGGUCGUGCUCGCCAACCAGUGGCCGUGCCGUCUCAGCUGGGCCCUGCAGUGCCUGGAGGACCAGCAGCAGGCAGGGAGCGCGCCCGAAGCCUACGCGCCCCUCUGGGACGUGUUCUGCGACCACAGCCUCGAGCUGCACACCAUGACCGCGACGCUGCAGAAGGUGCUCGACCUGGACGGCGACCCCGAGCUUUUCCGGCGCUUCCUGGGCGCUGACUUCCCCUUCACCGUGGCCGAGGCGCAGAGCCUCUUGCGCUGUACGGUUAACCUGGACCACUCCAUACGCCACCGCAUGGGCCUCAUCCGGGCCGUCAGCACGCUCAAGACGCCCCGCCCGCCCAAGUCCCCUGCCCGCAAAGACCCGCACGCCGCCAGCGGAGCCAACCACGCCCCCGGGGCGGCCUGGGCAGGCCAGGCUCCUGCGCGUGUCUGCGAAGCCCACCAACCCCAGGACGGGGGCAAGUCCAGACCCAUGGCCUGAGUGCCCUUCACUUGGGGUCAGUCUAGCCCAGGUGGGCCUUGAAUGGAAGACCUUGGGCGCAGCAGAGGGCAACACUUCCUUCUGCCCAGAUGAGGGUGUAGGGGGCCUAACUGGGUCCAAGUCCCAGGGUCCAGUGUCCGGAAUGAGGCCUGUGGUGGCCACAUUCCCCAGGUGAAUCUGUGAGCCAGAGAGAACUGUUGGCAGUAGCCACCAGGAGUGGGGCAGUGUAUCAGUGACAGCAUCUGAGAGCCCGGGCAGAAGGACCCAUGAGGAACUCGGGGUUCAAAUGCAAUAAAUGAAGAUGUAAAAACCCCA